CCUCAAGGAUAACAAGUAUCUGUAUGGAAUAACCUGCUUAUUAUGUGUGUUUUACAGCAAUAUUCACACUUUGCAUUACUAUUUGUUUGAUUAACAUGUAAUUCACAAUUCCUUCUAAACUCAGGCUGUUUUCAUGUAAAAAGCGGCAAAAGGACAGUGCUGUUUACUGUUCAGCUGGACAUAUAGAUAAUAAACACGACAUGCCGUAAAUCACAGUGGAAUCCAACCAAUCAGGAGUGUGCGUGAGGAUGCGCGCGCCUCUCGAUAGCGGAAAUCACGCAGCAAUAACUUCCUCAACACCAACCCCAAACUUUUGAGACAAAAUGCCGUCUUGCUGUGUGGUCGGGUGCAAAAGUCGGGACUUAAGAAACAGAAAACUUACAUUUUACAUAAUACCAUUAGAGACAAAACGAAGGAAUUUAUGGCUCCAAGCGAUUCAACGAGUGAAUGGAGACGACUACAUCCCGGAAAAAAAUGCCCUAAUCUGUGGCGCUCAUUUCGUAUCAGGGGAGGUAUCCAUGGAUCAUGACAAUCCGGAUUUUGUGCCUUCUGUGUUUACAUACUCAAAUAGGAAACCGACCGCACAAAAAGUAAAAAGAAAACAUGGCAGUGAGUGUUAUGCAUCCAGUGUGGGAACAAAUAAAGAAACCCCUCUGCCUGACGGUGAACUCUCAGAAGUAAAAAAAGGACCAUCUACUCCCUCACUUCCAAAGGAAAUAAAAAUGGUGAGUGAGGAAGAGGAGAUGGAAAAUGGAGUCAUUAAUAUUAAAUCAGAAGUAGCAUCCAGCCUUCAGUGGACAUCGCUAUCACAUGAAACAGCAGCUAUACUAAAGCUAGACACAAGAAGACCCGUCAUUCUUUUAAAAUCUGUACUUAACGGAGCAGGUGUAUAUCAGUGUGACAGCUGCAAUCGAAAUUUCACUGUUGUCUCUCAAUUCGUAAAACACAAACAGCAGCAUGAUGAAGAACGGCCUUUAUCCAAUGAUGAAGACGUGUCUGUUCCCUUUGAGAUUUCUGAAAAGCCCAUCAAAAAUGAAGCUUUCACUGAACAUAUCCUCACAGAUGAACAUUCCUUUAAGUGUAACAUGUGUGAACGCUCUUUUCCUACAAGCCAUAACCUUAAGCGUCACAAACUGCUCCAUCUUAAAGAUGGUAGGAAGUGUGGGCAGUGUGGUGUACUGUUCUGCCGGCGUCAUAGUCAUAUUUUAUUCCGGCCACAGGCAGUCCCUAAAAAUGAUGUGGAGGAAGAUGCAUCUGCAAAUGAGACACAGCCUGUAAAUGUUCAUCUCACCCCAGAAAACAGUCAGAAGGUUGUUGAGCCUAACCCAAAAGCUGAGUUUGCUGAUAAAUCCCAUGAUGCUAUGAACCAGAGUGUUUCACCCAUGUCCUCAAAACCUGAACCUAUAGCUACCAUCUCAAUGUCCAAAACUACAACCAAAUGCCCUUUAACCUCAUUCCUAAUCCCUGACCCCAAGAUGCUCGACCCCUCCCGUCCACCUUCACCCACACUGAUCAGGUACAAUAGAAAAACUCCCCCCUAUCACUUCAGUCCAAAUCCAAUAAACUAUCAUAAACAUUUUGUACAGCCCCAUCUACCAGUGCUUCCUGAACUCCCACCUUCAUUACAGAUGUUUUCACCCCAGUACCUUACAUCAUCAUUUCUUGAGGUUAAAAGGAAUUAUGCAUGUAUUUUUGGCAAACUUCCGACUGUGAAUGUUAUAAAGGAGGAGCCAUGUGCAUUACCUGUGGUUACUCCUCCACAACAGCAACAGCAUAAGAAAAUCAAAAAGGAGACACUUGAGACUUAUGACUGGAAAAUUGUCCGUUGAUAAACAGCUGGGAGAGAUUUUUAACAUCAGUGUGUUCUGUAUUUGUUUUAGUGUGUUUUAGUAUUAUUGUUAAAGUGUUGCAUUAUGUUCCACUGAUACGGUUCAAAACCCAUGCUUUGCAUUUAAGAAGAAGUUCUGUCAAACGCCUUUGUGUGUUUGAUGCUUGAAUGCUCAAUCUAAAAGAUAAGCUCACUUGGAAUGACUCCCAUAUUUGCCCUUGGAUAUGUUAAGGCUUUCCAUGAUUGAUAUGUAUAUGCAUUACUCUAUGAAUAGUAUGACUUUCAGGAGCUACUCUGUUGGAAAAAGGGUGAAUAUUUCCAUUGCACAGUAGCAGGAUUGUCAUUCUCCUGCCUUUCACGCUCUUCAUUAUUGCUUUAAAAAUCUCUCUCACUGUAAAACAACAAACCCUAAACUAUAACUAUAUCCUAAAAAUGGCAAGUUUUUCAAAGAUGUCUUUUUAUGUCAUUUUUUGUCAGGAGUUUGUUAUUUUAAUAUCUCAAUGUGCAUACUUGUGCACAUAUUGAACCAAAACAACUUCUUUCCUCUUCUUUCUCUCGUCCUGUGCUCAGUACUCCCGGAGAACUGAGCAAAUAACCCAGAUAACUUUUACCCUUAUUCCAGAACUUUAAGGGAGGUGCCAGACCAAUCGCCAGUGAUGGCAGAGCGCUAGUGAAGUCUGGAGAUAAAUCUGGGCUAUUUUGCAAGACUACUUUAUGUACUCUGAAUGUAUUGCACACUAAUCUUUGCUACCUCUAUUAUUUGGCUUUUAUGCAGUUCAGAUCAUUUUAAAACUGGUGCAUUUCUAAAUGGGAGUGUUCACACUCACAAUGCUGCUGUUUUAAUUUUGUGAGUGUUCUAUAGUUAAUACACUGUCACUUUUUAAUCACUGCAGAGUUAAAAUGCUAUCUAUUUUGUAAAGUAAGCAACACUGUUCUGUAACCAAGAUGUGUCUGGAUUUAUUAAACAGUGCCUAUCGCCUCUGAACUGCAGGCUGUUCCGUACUUUACAGUUUGUGGUGUAGUGAUCAUUUUAGAAUGUGAGCAGUGUUAUAAACUAAAAGGCCAUGAAUACCACAAUCAGACAUCGUUUCUAAAAUAAAACUUGUGCUGAAUUAAGUUUUUCCCACUUACAUCAGCUACCUAGGGCCAUAUUGACUGUUUUAUAUUACCUAAAUGUAAUCAUGCAGAAAGUGUAGUUUUGUUCUCUCAAAUGUGUUUGAAAGUAUUACCAGUUUCCAUUGGCUUGGGUGUAAUAAAAUCUGAAAAACAGAUUUUUUUUUUCCACCAACCAUAAAACAAACAAAACUGUAGGACAUUAGAUGAGUCUCUAUUGGUCUGACAAUGACCCCUUAGACCCAUUGAAGAGAAUUGUUGAAGAUACAGCUUUAUCUUCACUUUAUUGUAGGCAAUUUUCUAUGCAUUGUACUCACUGACUGGAGCUGGGAUGAUCCUGAAAAUGUCUUCCCCCAUGUUAUAUAGAGCUGAUAAGUCUGUGGUUGCACCUAACCUGUUAAGAGAUUUAGAGUAAUUUCAUUUUUUUCAUACAUGUUUUAGCCAGGUGUAUCCAGACGUCUCUAUGGCCAUGUCAAGAUAUUUUGGACAGAGGAAAAGUAGAUGAAAUGAAUGUCCAAACUACUGUUUUUCCCAAAUAUCUGUAUUAUAACUAAAUUAUUACAGAAUAUUUUCAUCUUUUGGCCUUUUCAACUGUUCCAGAUCAUAGACUUCCAGUUUGGCCUGAUGGUGGCACUAUAGCAGUGACCCAAAAAUGUCUUGUUUUUCUUGAGCUCACCUCUUACCACUGUGUCAUACUACAUAUUUUUCAACUUUUUGUGGAAACUCCCACAUAGCCCCAUUUAAAAAAAAAAAAAAAAAAUCAGUACAUUUUAGUAGAACCAUAUUUA